AUGUGGUGAGAACACGCUCAUGUAUGGUGAUAUUGCUGAGACUCGACUCUCAUAAUGGCAACCCGGCAAAACCUGGAAGCCAAGCUCGUUAUCGGGACGUUUAUUUUCGGCUUAUCAAUGUUUUGCUGUUUGUCUUGCUUUUGAGCAGUUUCCCAUGUGCUGCCACGUGAGUGAUGGAUGUGAGUGUGGAUGAGGGGGGAAGGGGAAAGAUACAAACCUUUUUGCAGGUCAUGCUAACGUCCGAAAGCGAGGCGAGACUGGGUUGGCUCGACUCGAUAUAUCAAAAAGACAAAAGCUGCCACACCCACCUCAAACUCCUUGGUCAACGGUUCAUAUUCGCUGUCACCCUUAUACACACCCAACCUCAGGUCAGACAACCAUCGAUUAUUGUUCGCUCUGAUAAUCGUAGCCUGGAAAAGAAUUGGAGUUCGCCAACAUGGGUAAAAUCACCUCUACGAGUAAAGGGGAGGUCUCGGUCGACACGAUCGAAAAGGGGCCUCUACCCGACGCGUCACCAAUGUCGUCUUCGUUGCCGGCAUCUCCCUCGUCACCGCGGCUCGAGACCCCCGAAGAAGUGGCCAUGGCACACCCCGAGUGGCGCGCGGCGGAGAAGAGGCUGGUGCGAAAGCUCGAUAUGACGCUUAUGCCGGUGAUUUGGACGUUGUACAUGUUCAACUACCUCGACAGGAAUAAUCUCGCACAGGCCAAGUUGAAUAAGUUUGAGGCGGAUCUCGGGCUCGUGGGGGAGCAGUUCAAUACCGCCGUAGCGAUAUUCAACGUCGGGUACAUGGUCGCCCAGUUACCGCCCAACAUGCUCAUCACCCGCGUGCGUCCGAGCAUAUACCUGCCGUGCUGCGUGCUCCUGUGGUCGUGUGUAUCGGCGUCGACGGCGGCAGCAAAGAACUUUUCGAGCCUCGUCGCUAUUAGAGUGAUUCUAGGCGUCGUCGAAGCCCCGUUCUUCCCAGGGAUCUUCUACGUCCUCUCCUGCUGGUACACCCAAAAAGAAAUCGCCUUCCGCACAGCAAUCCUCUACUCGGGCAUGCUCAUCGCGACGGCUUUCUCGGGCUUCAUCGCCGCCGCCGUAUUUGCGCACCUCGACGGCGCGCGCGGGCUCGCGGGCUGGCAGUGGCUCUUCAUCAUCGAAGGAGCCGGGAGCUUCACGUCCGCGUUCGCGGCGCUAGCUUUCCUGCCGGAUUACGUCGGGUCUCGCACGGGCAUGUGCUCGUGGCUCAUGUCGGAGAGGGAGCUACAGGUCGCGGCGCAGAGGAUGGACGCUGAUCGGGUUUCGGUGCCCGAGGAGAAGUCGAGUGUGUGGAGGGGGUUGGCGCUUGCUGUUAAGGAUGCGAGGACGUGGGCUUUUGUCUGCAUGAUGGCCUUCUACCUCUCCUCCCACGGCCUCAACAGCUUCUUCCCGACAAUCGUCCAAGGCUUCCGCCUAGGCUCCAACACAACAACCCUCAUGCUCACAGCGCCGCCCUACCUCCUCGCCGCCGUCGUCGCCCUCUGCGUAGCCGUCUCCUCGGACCGCCGCGCCGACCGGGGUCUCCACAUCGUCGGCCCCGUGUGCGUCGCCAUGCUCGGCUUCUUCAUCUCGGCGGUGACGACGAACCGGCCCGCGCGGUACUCUGCCAGUUUCCUGUACCUCCCUGGUGCGUUCGCGUCGACGGGCCUGAUUUUCAGCUGGGCGGCGAGCGUGGCGAGCGAGACGCCUGAGAAGAGGGCUACGGCGACGUCGAUUGUGUUCCGUAUUUUCUUUAGGCCGGCGGAUAAUCCGAGGUAUUUGCUUGCUUUCUUGUUGAUGAUGGUUUUUUCGGCCAUGUGUAUCGGGACUGUGUUUUGGAUGAGGUGGUCGCUGGGGAGGGCGAAUCGGAGGAUGGUGGAUGAGGCUGAGGGGACGGGGAGGAGAGUGAGACUGUAUAUACUCUGA